UCCUCUCAGAGCAGGUGUAGCUACCACAGCGUGACGGGGACUACACCCUGAGCCCCCAACAUGGAGGGGGCCAGGGGGCCCAGGCUCAGAGACUUCCUGGGUGGGAGUCUGGCCACCUGGGCGCUGGGGCUGGCUGGGCUGGUGGGGGAGGCAGAAGAAUCAGGGGGGACAGAGGAGGAGCAGGAGGAGGAGGAGGAGGGGCCUCUUUGUGUGGAGAAGAGAUUCCUGAGGCUGAGCGAUGGGGCCUUACUUCUUCGGGUGCUGGGCAUUAUUGCUCCCAGUUCCCGAGGAGGACUUCGGAUGGUCAGGGACCCUGAUGGUCCUGCAGCCUGUCGGAUGUGGAACCUCCAUCAUCUGUGGGCGCAGCUGAGAGCUUUCUACCAGGAGGAACUGCAGCUGCUGAUCCUGUCACCGGCCCCAGACCUGAAGACACUGGGGUUUGACCCUUUCUCAGAAGAGGCCGUGGACGAGCUGGAAGGCAUCCUUCGGUUGUUGUUGGGGGCCUCAGUGCAGUGUGAACACCGGGAGCUCUUCAUCCGUCACAUCCGGGGCCUCAGCCUUGAUGUCCAGAGUGAGCUGGCUGUUGCAAUCCAGGAGGUGACCCAGCCUGGUGCUGGUGUGGUACUGGCUCUGGCUGGACCAGAGCCUGGAGAGCUGGUGGCUGCGGAGCUGGAGAUGCAGUUACAAAGCCUGAUGGGGACAAUGUCCAGACUGGUGCGAGAGCGGGAUCUGGGGGCUCAGCGGUUGGUUGAACUGCUGCUGGAGCGGGAGCCUGCCCGCUUGCUGUUGCCAGAGGCUCCUGCUAACGUUUCUGCGGAGGCUCCCUCGCACCAUCUGGCUCUGCAGUUGACCAACGCAAAGGCCCAGCUGAGACGCCUGCGGCAGGAGGUGGAGGAAAAGGCUGAGCUGCUGCUGGACUCCCAGGCCGAGGUGCAGGGCUUGGAGGCUGAAAUUCGAAGGCUCCGCCAGGAGGUCCAGGCGUUGUCAGGACAAGCCAAGCGCGCGGAACUCUACCGCGAGGAGGCAGAGGCGCUGCGCGAGCGCGCCGGCCGCCUGCCACGCCUGCAGGAGGAGCUGCGGCGCUGUCGCGAGAAGCUUCAGGCCGCGGAGCAAUUCAAGAACCAGCUAGAGGAGGAGCGGGUGCUUUCUGGGGCCCUGGAGGCCUCGAAGGCCCUGCUAGAGGAACAGCUGGAGGUUGCCCGGGAGCGCUCAGCCAGGCUGCACGAGAGCCAGCGGGAGAACCUCCUGCUGCGCACGCGGCUGGGCGAGGCCCAUGCGGAGCUGGAUUCUCUGCAGCAUCAGUUGGAGCAGCUGGUGGAGGAGAAUGUGGGGCUGGAGCUGGAACUUCAGAGGAGCCUGGAGGCGACCCCAGGCUCCCCUGGGGAGGCGCCCCUACCGGGAACAGCACCCUCACUGCAAGAUGAGGUGAGGGAAGCGGAGGCUGGGCGGCUGAGGGCAGUGGAGCAGGAGAACGAGGAGCUUCGAGGUCUGCUGCAGAUGCUCCGGGGGCAGCUUGGCCGCCAGCACCCUCUGCUGGAGGAGCAGAGCAAGGACUCCACGCUUCCUGUGCCCAGUGAGGCUUCCGCAACUCCCCUGAGCCCAGAUCCCAGCCUCCAAAGCCAGGCUUGCCAGAUAGGAGGUGAAGGCCCUGAGUCUUUGGACUUGUCUUCCCCAACAUCAGACUCUGACGUCACAAGGUCAUCUGAGUGUCCCCCGGCGUCUGAUUCACACCCAGAGGUGGAGAGUCCUUUCCAGAUGGUUUCUCCAGAUCCCCACACCUCAGACCUAACUCCCCAAGAAUCAGACCCUCCUUUGGAGACACAUGAGUCCUUGGAGAAGUCCGGUCACAGAGUCUCUCUCCAGAGCCCCACUGUCCGGGCCCCACCACAGGGUCCAGAGAUCAGAACUGAAGUGCAGGAGUUGCUCGGAGAGAGGGAGGGAGCAAGCAGGGAGGCUCUCCAGGGAGAGUUGAUACCCGAGGCCCAGGUCCUGAAACAAGACGGCCCCGAGCACAGGCCCAGAUCUUCAGAGCUCAUCGUCCUGGAGCCUCUGAAGGAUCAGGAGACCCUGGAUCAGGGGCUACAGACAGAGGCAAGAGGCCCUGAACAGAAGCCCAAGGGCUUGGUCAGUAAACUGGCCCCUCAGAAACCGCAGCAGACAUCAGAAGGGGCGCCUGAUGCCUGGUCCGGGGAGGAGCGAGAGGAGCAGGCCAUCAGAGAGGAGGUGGCACAACUGAGGAGACAGGUUGCGGACCUUCAGGCUAAAGUGCAAGCCCAGGCCCAAAGACUGGAGGCCCGAAGUGCAGAGGCUGCCUGCCUCUCUGAGGAGCUGGCCCAAGCACGCAGAGCAGAGGCUGAGGCCCAUCAGGAGGCAGAGGCUCAAGCCCGGGAGCAGGCCCGUCUUCGUGAAGCGAUGGAUAUGGCCAGCCUAGAGCUGGAGGCUGCAUCUCGAGAGCGGGAGGCGCUGGCAGAGGCACUAGCAGCAGCAGGCCGGGAGCGGAGGCAGUGGGAACGUGAGGGGCCCAGGCUCCGGGCUCAAGUUGAGGCUGCGGAGCAGCAGGUGCAGGCUCUGGAGAGCCAGGUCCGCUGUCAUCUGGAGGACGCUGAGAGGGAGCACGUGGAGAAGCAAGCACUUAGGGAGGAGCUAGAGAGAGCUGUAGUGCGGGGUCAGCAGCUGGGAGCCCGGCUGGAGCACCUGCAGCGAGAGCUGGAACAGGCGGCCUUGGAGCGCCAGGAGUUCUUUCGAGAACAGGAGAGCCAGAACCAGAGGUACCAGGAUCUGGAGCAUCGAAUGGAAGCCGAGCUACAGGCAGCUGCCAUCAGUAAGGAGGAGGCGUUGAUGGAGAUCAAGGCGAAGACCCUGAAGCUGGAGGAGGAGCUGAUUCAGCUGCGCCAGUACUCUGCGGGCCUGGCGACUGAGGUGCAAGCUGAGCCUCAGGCCGCGGACACCCAGAAUGGUCGGCUUAUCGAGGUGGAGCGAAGUAAUGCCACGCUGAUGGCAGAGAAGGCAGCGCUGCAGGGGCAGCUGAAGCACCUGGAGGGGCAGCUGGGAAGCCUGCAGGGCCGGGCACAGGAGCUUCUGCUACAGAGUCAGCGCGCACAGGAGCACAGCAGCCGUCUGCAGGCUGAAAAGUCUAUGAUGGAGAUUCAGGGCCAGGAGCUGCACAGGAAGUUGGGGCUGUUGGAAGAGGAGGUUCGGGCGGCAAAACGGGCCCAGGAGGAGACCCGGGGGCAGCAGCAGGCUCUGCUUCGGGACCAUGAAACCCUGGCCCAGCUGCAGCGAAGGCAAGAGAUGGAGCUUGAGGGACUGUUGGUGAGACACCGAGAUCUCAAGACCAAUAUGCGUGUCCUGGAGCUGGCUCACCGUGAGCUUCAGGGCCGGCAUGAGCAGUUGCAGACCCAGCGGGCCAAUGUGGAAGCACAAGAGGCAGCCCUAUUAGCAGAGCGUGAACGCCUGACGCAGGAUGGGCAGAGGCAGCGGGGCCUGGAGGAGGAGCUGCGGAGGCUUCAGAACGAACAUGACAGAGCUCAGAUGCUACUGGCUGAAGUGUUUCGGGAGCGAGGGGAGCUCCAGGGUGAACGUGGGGAGCUGCGGGGCCGCCUGGCGAGGCUGGAGCUGGAGCGAGCACAACUUGAGAUUCAGAGCCAGCAGCUUCGUGAGUCCAACCAGCAGCUGGACCUGAGCGCCUGUCGGCUGACCACACAAUGUGAGCUGCUGACCCAGCUUCGCAGCGCGCAGGAGGAGGAGAACAGGCAGCUGUUAGCUGAGGUACAGGCCCUGAGCCGGGAGAACAGAGAGCUGCUCGAGCGCAGUCUGCAAAGUCGUGACCAUCUGCAUCGAGAGCAGCAGGAGUACCUAGACCAGCUUAACGCCUUGCGCCGUGAGAAGCAGAAGCUGGUGGAGAAAAUCAUGGACCAGUACCGUGUGCUGGAACCUGGGCCGCUGGCCCGCACCAAGAAGGGCAGCUGGCUGGCAGACAAGGUGAAGAGGCUGAUACGGCCCCGGCGGGAGGGGGCCCUCCCUGGGGGGCCACGCCUGGGGGCCGAUGGGGCUGGCAGCACGGAGAGCCUGGGGGGCCCCCUGGAGACGGAGCUCCCUGAGGGCAGGGAGGCAGAUGGGACAGGGUCUUCAUCACCGGCACCCAUGCGCCGCGCCCAGAGCUCUCUCUGCCUGGGAGGGGAGACCCUGGCAGGUGGGCAGCAGCGGCGUAGACUCAGUUCCCGGUUCCCUGGGGGAAGAAGCUCUGAGUCAUUUAGUCCAGGGGACACCCCAAGACAGCGGUUCCGACAGCGCAGGCCAGGCCCCCCGGGGGCACCCAGUGCCCACAGCAAAGGAUCCGGUGUGGAAUGGGAUGGCUCCAGUAAGACACUCCCGGAACAUGAAGCAGAUGCCAGUCGAGAGGCCCUCCAGGAGCAGAACCCGGAGAAACUGCUCUCAACCCCUUCCGUCAGCCAGUGACACUGUGAGGACAGAAGGCUUUGGAGUGCAACCUUCUACCCAUUGUAGGUUCAGUGGGUCUCCCAGGCAGUCCAACUGGGGGACCCAGGGACCCCAGCAAGCAUCCUUGGACAAAGAUGCCUGGUCUCCCAGGAGCCCCACAACAUAC